AUGUCCGAGCCGCCUUCAUUCAACCUCCAACCUUGUCCAUCAACAUCCCACCUCUCCAUUCCCGCCCAGACCUACCUCUCCCAAGAUCAGAGCGAGCACGCAUGCAAAUUCCUCGCUACAGGUGCCAUUGUCUUCUCCGGCUCGCGCAUCCUGCUCCUCCAGCGCGCGCCGGGCGAUAGCAUGCCGAACCGUUGGGAGACGCCCGGAGGCGCGUGCGACGACGAAGACCAGACCAUUCUACACGCUGUGGCGCGCGAGCUGUGGGAGGAGACAAUGCUGGUCGCGAGGUCAGUUGGGCCGUUGGUCGGGGAGGGAUACACGUUUAAGACGCGGUCGGGAAAGAUGGUGCGGAAGCUCAGUUUUAUUGUCGAAGUGGAGAGGCGGAACGGCGAAGGCGACGGCGGCAGCAACUUUGAAGUGCGACUGCGCCCGGAAGAGCAUCAAGGCUUUGUGUGGGCGACGGAUGAGGAGGUUCGGGCGUGCAAGGUGGGCAAUGUGAAAAUUAGGUUCACGACCCCGGAACAGGAGGCUGUCGUGUUGGACGCUUUCGCUGUGCUAAAGGCGAGCACCGUUACGUAG